AGGAGCCGGAAACUCACAGCAAUCCAUCUUGAAACAUACUGAGCAGAGGGGGGGGGGCCAAAGCUGCCCAGAGACCAAGGCCAGGGGCCGGCUGGGCUGUGUGUUCUUAGAGGCGAUGGAUGUGCUGGGGGCCAUGUGGGGGCUUCUGCUCCUGUUGCUCUCAGUUUCCCUCCUGGCUUUCAGCUUUUACUGCUGCUACCUGAAAUUCAUCCACAUGAAAUAUGAUCACAUCCCAGGACCCCCAAGAGAGAGCUUUGUACUUGGACACCUGCCAAUUUUAUGGAACAUACAAAGGAAAAAUGGGCUGUUGCAUGGACUCUUCAUGCAAUGGGCAGAGAUGUAUGGACCCAUUGUACGUUUAAAUGUUUUCCAUAGAGUCUCGGUAAUAGUUUUCAGUCCUGAAGGAGUAAAGGAAUACUUGAUGUCCCCAGAGUACCCGAAGGAUCGAACUGUAUAUGGUCAACUCAGUCAUUUGCUUGGGGUGAGAUUUUUAGGGAAUGGCUUGGUAUCUGAUCAUGACUAUGAUCAUUGGCACAAGCAGCGAAGGAUUGUGGAUCCUGCUUUCAGCCGAACCUACCUGAUGGGUCUGAUGGACACAUUUAAUGAAAAAGCAGAGGAGUUGAUGAAGAAGCUGGAGGAAAAAGCAGAUGGAAAAACGGAGCUUAGCAUUCUCAACAUGAUGAGCCGUGUGACUCUGGAUGUUCUUGCCAAGGUAGCCUUUGGCAUGGAACUGAAUGCACUGCAUGAUGACCAGACACCUUUCCCACAUGCAGUGAGCAUGAUCAUGAAAGGAACAAGUGAGAUACGCCUCCCUUUACUGAAGUACAUGCCAGGAAAACAAAAACUGAUAAAGGAGAUUCAGGAAAGCGUGAGGCUGCUGCGCCGUGUGGGAAAGGAAUGCAUUGAGCAGAGGAGAGAGGACAUCCAGAAUGGAGAAGAAGCCAGAGUAGAUAUUCUUACUCAGAUACUGAAAGCAGCUGCUCUGGAAGACACCAGAGAUGACGAAAAUAUUCUGGAUAACUUUGUCACUUUCUUCAUUGCUGGUCAUGAAACAACGGCCAGUCAGUUGUCAUUUACAAUAAUGGAGCUGACUCGGCAACCUGAAAUAAUGGAGAGACUUCGGGCUGAAGUGGAUGAGGUUAUUGGAACCAAGAGAAAUAUCAGCUAUACAGACCUUGGGAAUCUCCAGUAUUUAACACAGGUUCUCAAAGAAUCUCUCCGAUUAUAUCCUCCUGUCCCUGGGACUGUGCGCUGGACGGGAAAGGAAAAUAUCAUUGAAGGCAUCAGAAUUCCAGCAAAUGUGGUGCUAUUUUUCAGCACAUAUACCAUGGGAAGGAUGGAAAAGUUCUUCAAGGACCCAAUGACUUUCAAUCCUGACCGGUUCAGCAACAAUGCACCCAAGCCAUAUUUUUCCUAUUUUCCAUUUUCUUUGGGACCCCGUUCCUGUGUUGGACAGAUAUUCUCACAGAUGGAGGCUAAAGUGGUGAUGGCGAAACUGCUACAGAGGUUUGAAUUCCAGCUGGCACCAGGACAGAGCUUUGAAAUUGUGGAUACAGGAACCCUCAAACCACGAGAUGGUGUUAUGUGCAUACUGAAACCACGAAUACUUUAAAUACAGUGGGACGGGAGGAAAGGAAUGAAAUGGCAUCAAUGCUGGAGUUUCCCUCAGUUUGUUUAAAUUCUCUCACUAAUCCAGGGUUAGAUUUCCCAGUCCAUUUUAGCGGCUACUAGUUUGGAAGUUAGAUAGUUCUUCCCAUAAAAAGUAUGAAAACAUUUUGGAGGUGCAGUCAAAUAUCCAUUUAAACAUCUUUGACCUGAAAACUGAGAACAAACUUUGCAAAACAGACUUUUAGUUAGGGACUGCCUAUUCUAACUUGGUGUGGAAAAACCAGAAGAAUACCUCCUUUCAUUAAAGCAGUAAUUCUCAAGCAGGGCUCUGGGCACUCUGGGGUGCCAAUGGAUCUUUUAAAGGAUGCCAUGAGGUGUGAGUUGAUAAAUUAGAUGUUAGGAGAUAAGCAGAUAAACUAAACAGAUAAGUGCAGGCUCAGGCAUGAUGACCUCCCUUUCCCACUGCCAGGCCUCUCAGCAAGGAAGCAAGUACUGUAAUGUAUAAAUUAGUUUUUGAAAUUGGGUGCCAUUCAGUUUGCUUCCCAUCAAAUGAGUGCCUCCAGUCUAAAAAGGUUGAGAACCACUGCACUACAGGUUACAAAUUUGGCAAAGGCCAGUUCUGGUCUAAUUUUUUACAGAUCUCUCUGGACCCAUGACUCAGGCUUAAAUUCACAUAAGCACUUGUGUAGUGGCACUUGGAUCAAAUAGGUUUGAGUUUGGGGUCUGAAAAUUAGGGUCUGUUCUUCUGACCAGAUAAUUUUCCCUAUCUCUAUCUGUGUCCUCGCCUGUGAUAGUAACCUACUGGGGAAAAACAGUGCCCCAGUAAAAGGAAAUGCUUCCCUUUCAA